CAGUCAGUGUUCCAACAGCUGAUUAACUUCAAAAAAAUGUCAACGGUUGAAGUAGCACGAGAUCAAAAAAUUUCAAUUGUAAUUACAAGAGAUGUAGGAAAUAUAUGGAAAAGAUUAUUCGAUCAUACUCAUUUUCUGAAUGGAGAAAUUACUUACAUUCUUAAUGAGUUUGAGGUGAAACGUGAGGAUAAGGAAGUAAAUAAGCUUUUCUCAAUUGUUGAAAGCAUAACAAACUUAAGAGACAGUGGAGUCAAUAAGCUGACCAAGACAUUAGAUGAAAACUUAUAUGAGCUCAAUCAAAAACUGACCUACUCCCUAUCGUUAUCACAGAAAGUUUUGGACUUGGAAACGAAGUAUAGAAAGGAUACAACAUUGGAGGAUUGUAAAAAAGAACGUAAGAUUAUUUGGGAACAGUUUAUGGAUGAUAUAACAGAGAAAUAUUCAGAAAUAAAUAAUACCUUUGAGCAAAAGGAGACAGAUUUGAGAAAUCAUUAUACAUCACUUUCGAAGCAAAUAAGUAACUAAUUUUGAAAAUGACCACUCAUAAGGGACCAAUAAGUGAUCCAACCAUAAAAAUGAAACCUUCAGAAACCUUAUAUAAGUACAUAACAAAGCUGAAAGUACCAUUAGAAGGUCUUCCUCCUGGUAUUCAUGCAUUAAUAACAAAAA